CAGGGAUAGUACUGACAAAAACAUCCAMAAGGAUUGGAUUUUGCUGUCAUAAAAUCAAUUACAAACUGGUUCGUUACGGUCGACCAACAACGAACAAAGGAACGAGCCUUCGAUUGACAAAAACAGUUGAAACGAAUUGAUUCAAGCAUCGACAAUGGAUUUGCUGUACUCUCGAGCGCUUCCGGGUCCCGAAUUCGUUUCUCUAUCUAUUCUGCUUCGGAGCGACAUUGCUGGCGGUGAUGCAACCCCGAUACCCUCUCAUGUUGGUGGUGGAGUAGAACCAUUGGUGCUUCCCAGUCCCACGACUACAUUAUGUCAAUUAUCUUGCCUGGAAGCACUUACGGAACUUCAUUUUUAUAUCAAUUCAAUUCUCAAGGCGAGUGGCAAAAGCAACAAGCAGACGAACGACGGAAACACCUCGACGACAACUAAGGCAACCUUGGGUCGAUUCUUGAACGAAGACGAAGCAUUCCUGUUUCCGAACAAGAGCGGCAACGACUUUGUGACGCAAAUAUUCCGACCAAAGAAGUGCCACGGAAUUGCAAUGCAAUUUCACUUGAUUCGAGAUCGAAAACAGCUCUCGUCCUUUCUGGUUCCUUUGAUAUUGAGCUCUUCCAAACUGCAUUCGUCGAAAACAAACAAGGGAGUCGCUGGUUUGACCGCAGGAAUUGAAGCGAAGGAAGUUACGGGGGUGAUCUUUUGUGUUGGGGUCGGAGGUGGUCCAUCGGCGGCCUUUGGCAUUGGAACCUCACCCCUAACGUACUCUUUGAGCCAAAGAAUGAAAAAGUGCCUAGGUAUACUGGCAGAAACAGCAUCCUCGAAUACCGGCAGUAGGGAGCGUAGUAGUGCAAGUGGGGCCAUGGCGAUGCUCUCUUCAUCAAAAUCCCUGAUGACUUCAUUAUUGCUUACAGACGACGAAGAUCGACUGGUAAAUUCAGUUGUAGAAGGAGAACAGCGAAUAGAGAUAAACCAGGAGGAUCAAUUCGCCAGACGAAUAUUGACGACGAGUUCGAAGAAACGGGGCCACCAACAAGAAAUGGAUAGCAGUAGUUUUGGAAAGAGCAAUCCCCUCCAAGAAAAUUCGGCUGACCAUGCCAGAAUCCUUGUAGAACGGAUGGCAGUCCUGUCGGUGUUUGAUUCCGAUUCGAUGUUAAGGAAGUACGAGAAUAGACAGGCAGCAAGAGAAGCUGCCGCCACUGGAAGGAGUGGCAAAAAACGGAAUCGAAAAUUUGCGAGGGAUGCCGAUUUGGGAGGUUUCGACUUUAGAGGCGAAAAACGAAGCUUUAGUGCCGCAAAGCCUGAGCGAAAUGCUAGCAGCAAUAGCAUUGGGAAGGUCGGGGGCGUUGACGAUGUUUCGGUAUCUGCACGGUCGUCAACCACCAGUGGCUCAAAUUUGACUUUGAAGGGCCCCACAAAAGACACAGCAUCUAGAACGCCGCACCGAUCGAGACUACAUGGGCUUUUGGCUUCCAAUACCAAGGAUUCCACUUCCAUUAACAGAAUGUCGCGAAGGAAUGCACAUGGUCGACGCUCUUCGAUAGGAAUCGAGUCUCUCGAAGGCAAUACUUCCUUUGUCUCCCAGUCAAGGACGCCCCAGGGCAGCCUUACAAGUCGACAGCUUUUUGAUCCGUUUUCUGGUGAUCCAAAGGAUAACAUAGCUACCAACGGAGGCCCUCCUGCGAAGGUGUUCGUGAACAUAGCCCUUAACGAGGACCUGACAUGCUUCUACAAAGUCUCUAAGUUGUCAUCAUGUUCCGUCGAGGGGGUGAUUCAGGUCCAGGUUCGGUCCAAUAUCGAUCGUGGAAUCCCUUUUUCUCUUCUUAUACAUGAUCCAUCCAACUAUAUCCAGUCGAUACAAGAAAACAAAAAAUAUGCAGAAGUAACAAACGACAACACCACACACAAGUUUGCUGUAUCCGUACCCAAAACAGAGGAAUACUUCCCGGUCAUACGAUACAAGUGCGGAAGUGAUCUCCGACCGGUCCCUAUUGUAAGUUCAAUGACAACAUUUCCUAUCAAGAACCGUCACGAAUGAAUAAGCUAAUUGCGAUUUUCCACUUUUGUUAACAUCUUUCAACAGCGAGUACAAACACGGGUUCGCCUGGAGGAGAGACACUGGAGAGUGGCCUUGCAGAUAAGUUCUAACCCUCACAACGAGGACACUUUGACUGAUUUAACGAUUAUAAUGGGAGUUCCUCCAGAAGUGAACGGAGAAUCACUCACGACGUCACCUCCCGGUGGUGUUUGGAACGAGUCCAAACGCAGCGUCAUUUGGUGUGUUUCGGAGCUCGGUGGGGGAGAAAAAUUUCAGCUACAAGCUAGGUUCGAGAUUGGCUCCAAUGACCCCAGAGAGCUCGAAGUCGAAGAGAAACCAAAGUUUCCUGUCCUAGUUCGGUGUCAAUGCAUGUACGCUCAAUUGAGUGACAUCGAGCUCGAAGUUAGGGCUAUACCACCAGUCUUAAACACUGAUGUGAAAAUGAAGCUUGCUCGGCGUUUCCGUUUGUCGCAUCGCGAACGGCCAUGAGCUCAAUACGGCACCGUAUCGGUGGUGACUUCGAGAGCCUACUCCACAGUAGUGCGGUAGAAUUUCGGAUUUGAGUAAUCUGAAAUCUAAGUUUCUGCAUUUGAG